AUGGUUCCCUGGGGACUGAGCUGCCUGUCGGUGCUGGGGGCGGUGGGCACGGCUCUCCUGUGCACCGGCCUGCUGCUCAGCUUGGCCCAGUACCUCUGGACCCUCCGCUGGACUCUGAGCCGGGACUCGGCCUCCGCCCUGCCUCUGCCCAAGGGCUCCAUGGGCUGGCCUUUCUUCGGGGAGACGCUGCACUGGUUGGUUCAGGGCUCUCGCUUCCACAGUUCCCGCCGCGAACGUUAUGGGCCAGUAUUCAAGACGCACCUGCUGGGCAGGCCGGUGGUCAGGGUGAGCGGCGCGGAGAACGUGCGCACCAUCCUGCUGGGCGAGCACCGCCUGGUGCGCAGCCAGUGGCCGCAGAGCACCCACAUCCUUCUGGGCUCGCAUACGCUGCUAGGAGCGGUCGGUGAGCCGCACCGACGGCGGCGCCAGGUCCUGGCGCGCGUGUUCAGCCGCACGGCGCUGGAGCGCUACGUGCCGCGCCUGCAGGGGGCGCUGCGGGGUGAGGUGCGCGCCUGGUGCGCCGCGCCCGGACCCGUCGCGGUGUACGAGGCAGCCAAGGCGCUCACCUUCCGCAUGGCCGCGCGCAUCCUCCUGGGUCUGCGGCUGGACGAGGCGCGGUGCGCAGAGCUCGCCCGGACCUUCGAGCAGCUGGUGGAGAACCUCUUCUCACUACCCUUGGACGUGCCCUUCAGCGGCCUGCGCAAGGGCAUCAGGGCCAGAGACCAGUUACAUCAGCACCUGGAGGAAGCCAUCACUGAGAAGCUGCGUGAGGACCAGGCAGCAGAGCCAGGCGAUGCCCUCAGCCUGAUCAUUCACAGAGCUAGGGAGCUGGGCCGGGAGCUGUCUAUGCAGGAGCUGCAGGAGUCGGCUGUGGAGCUCCUCUUCGCGGCUUUCUUCACCACGGCCAGCGCCAGUACGUCGCUCAUCCUGCUGCUGCUGCAGCAUCCGGCAGCCAUCACCAAGAUCCAGCAGGAGCUGGUGGCGCAGGGGCUGGGGCGCGCGUGCUAUUGCGCGCCCGGAGCCGCGGGGCUCCGGCCCCACUGUGGCUGUGAGCCCGACCUCAGCCUGGCGCUGCUGGGCCGCCUGCACUAUGUGAACUGCGUGGUGAAGGAGGUGCUGCGCCUCCUGCCGCCGGUGUCCGGGGGUUACCGAACCGCACUGCGCACCUUCGAGCUAGACGGCUACCAGAUUCCCAAAGGCUGGAGCGUGAUGUAUAGCAUCCGAGACACCCACGAGACGGCCGCAGUGUACCGGAGCCCUCCGGAGGGCUUCGACCCGGAGCGCUUUGGCGCUCGGAGUGAAGAUGCACCCGGCUCCCCUGGCCGCUUCCAUUACAUCCCGUUCGGCGGCGGUGUGCGCAGCUGCCUGGGCCAGGAGUUGGCGCAGGCUGUGCUCCAGCUGCUAGCAGUGGAGCUGGUGCGCACUGCGCGCUGGGAACUGGCGACGCCCUCCUUCCCCGCCAUGCAGACCGUGCCCAUCGUGCACCCAGUGGACGGACUACGACUGUUUUUCCGUCCGCUUGCAACAUCGGCCGCGGGGGAUGGGCCGCAUCUCUGA